UUUUUCUUUUUUUUUUCCCGAUAAUAAUUUUUUUUUAUAAAUACUGCAUUGAUAAUUCAAAAUUCAUUUUUACUAAAAAAAAAAAUUAUUAAUCGAAUCGAUAAACGGUUAAUAAGUAUUUGUUGUUAUAUAGACAAAAAUAUUUAGACUAUAUAUAAAUUAAAAUUAUAAUUAAACUAAAAAAGUUAAUAAAUUUAAUUAAAUUUUUAAAACACGCGAUUUUGUAAAUAAUAAUAAUGACCGAUAGUCAGGAUUUAAUACAAGAAGCAAAUAUUAUUCCGGUAAUCAAUAUUGAAAGUGGUACUCCAAUUACGGAACGUCCAGAUCAUUCAAUAAGUUUUGAUCAUUUAAAAACUUCAUUCACACAUGAAAAACAUUUUGAUGAUUCUAAAUCUGACAAAUCCAGUUUAGGUUUAGUCAGUACUUCACACAAAGUAUUUGAAAAAAUUACAGGUUCAUUAACGGCUCUUAGUAAAUCACUUAGAGAUUCAUUUGAUUUAGGAGAAACAGAUGAAUUGGAAAUAAUAAAUGAUGAAUUUAAAUACGAUAUUGAUAUUGUGGCUACAUCUCCGGGCAAUAAAUUUAUAGCUACAUGGAGCUUAGAAAAUGGUAUCCUCGCAGUCUUCCCGUUCGAUAGUCAUAGCGGACCUUCUAAUUCAAUUUUCACCGUUAAAACUCCUUUCAACAAAGAUAAUGUAUCUGAAAGUAAAGCAAAAAUUUAUAUAUCCGUAUCUGAAGAUGGACAAUACGUUGCAAUAUCAAGGGUGACUAUAACGAAAGAAAGUCAUGUGGAUACCCCAAAUAUGGACGCCACUGCAACCUUAAAUAAUUCUCAACAGCCUGAGCGUAUACCAGAAUCAUCAUUUGUUGUUUAUUCAAUCAAGAAUAGUAAACAACAAAAUGAUUCGUUAUUAAAUUCUAUGGAAAUUUUAGGCUCUUUGAUAUUUGUGCGUCAUCACACUUUAGUUUGUUUCACUAAGAAUAACAUGCAUUUAUUAUCUACAAAACAUUGGGUUUUACGAAAAAGUAUUCGUAUUGAUGCUUUAAUUCAUUCUUCUCCAAAAUAUUCUAAUCUUAGUAAUGAAUAUAUGAUAGAUGUUCAUAAUAUUUUGAUUGAAAGUUUAAAAUAUGGUUAUUUACUUUGGCCAGAAGAAAAAGAUGGAAUUUCUGUGUGGGAUAUAAAUGGAAUUUUAAGACAAUGGUUUUAUGUUGAAGCAAAAAAUAUUUCAUCUACAAGAAAUUUAUUUGCCAUUUCUACUAAAGGUGAUCUAGUAGCUAGAUUUUAUGAAGAGAAAAAAGAUAAAUCUGGUACUUUAUGUUUAUUUCACACUCCAACGGCCUUACUGAUUUCUGAAAUCGAUGUUCCUAAAAGUACUUUUCUCAUUUCAUUCUUGCAGAAUAAUGAUCAAAUAAUUUUAUGCUCUCGAAAAGACCAAGAUGUUCGAGUUCAAUUAUGGGAUUGUUGGGCUGGUUUGUUAGUUUAUGAAGAAAAAUGGACAUAUCUUAAUUAUAAAAAACCAUUAGUAUUAAUUGGUGAUAAAUUUGUACAAGCUGUUGGUAAUGAAUUAAAUACUUAUCAAUUAUUUCCGAAUAAUUCACCAUCUGUCACUAUGCAAGCAUUAGUUAGAUCAUCAUUCGGUUGUAAAACUGGUCAAGAUGGAUUUGUAAUUAUGUCAUCUAUUGAAAAACAACAAGGAGCUAAUUUCUGUUGGGGCCAUAUUUUAGAUAAUAACAAGGAAUUAUUAUGCAAGUUUAAGUUCGAACCAUGGCAUAAUUGGAUUAAUAGUGAAAUUUUUAUUCAUUGGUUAGACCCUGAAGGGAAGAGAUUUAUCAUGGCGGGAAAAGAUAGUGUACAAAUUUACAAGACAAAACCAAAAGGCCAUAACAAAUUUUUAAGAAUAGAGUUGCAAUAUAUAUGGCUUUCUAGGAUUGAAGAGAUAAAAUUUGUGACUUUGGAAACGCGUGAUGAAAAUAAUUUAUCCUUACUUCACGUACAACUGACAAAUAAUGAAACAGUUACUUUAUCUUUACCAGGAGAGAAUGAAAUUACAUAUCGAACAUUGAUUGAUGCUUGCGCAGUGAUACACUAUCUUCGACUCCAAUAUAUGGAUGAUGUGCAGUCUUUUAGUCGAUUGACAAUUAAGGAACAAUUAAAAAAACUUGUUGAUACUUCAAUAAAGCAUUUUCCUACGGCUUUCAAUAAAAUUUCUUUGGGAAAUAAUGAAUAUUUUUGUCCUAUGGAAGAUUUUAUUCUGUUCGGUUGGGAUGAUUUAGUAAGAAAAAUUAUUGAAACUGAUCGGUAUAUUCCUCUAUUCCACAACGAAGAACAAACCGAGAGUGCUUUGUUAUUAUUAGUAGAACUUCAAAAAUCAGAGUUAGUCGAAUUAUUGGUUAAUUAUGUUGUAAAACAUGUAAAACGUCGGUAUGAUCCAGUACGGAAUCGUUCAAUCCCUUCAAAUAUUGAUAACAUAACGAAAAGAAUCGUUCAACAACCUGGAUUCGCUUGGACUUUGGGUAAAACUUUAUUAGAUUUGUAUAAAUAUUACCCUGAUAAAGGAGCUUACAUUAUGAAAGAAUCAAGUUAUUUUACAACUUCUUUGGAAGCUCCAAAAAGAAUUUUACAAACAAAAUUAGGAAAUCCAUUCGGGGGUGAAGAAAGAAGUCAUCAUAGCGAGUUAAACCCUGUGUCUCGUAAAGCUCGAUUGCCAAGGGGGACAAGAUAUCAGGAUGAGGAUACUAAAAAAAAAAGUUUUUCAAACUUAUUAAAUUUUCUGCCAAGACAUUAUGAUUAUGCCAGCUCAAUACGUCAUGAUACAGGAGCUCUAAUUUAUUAUCCUGAUUCAACAAAUUAUUCGGAAAGGAAACAAAAUAUGUACAGAGAAUCUUAUGGAACGCGACAAAAACAACGAAAACAACGUUUAGAAGAUGCGAAAAAAACUCAUCCUGCAAAGUUAUGUGUUGUUCCCUGGCCAGAUUUUUGUGUUUACCCUCCAUUACUUGAAGAUGAUCAUUAUCCGCCAUUAAUCGGAAGAUUUUAUCGAUUUUGGAAUAUAUAUAUUUCUCCAAUUCAAAGAAGUCCAUUUGCUGAUGUAGCAUUGAACGGGACAUCAGAAAUGUUUAGUGAAGUUGUUAUGGAAGCUGUAAUAAAAUUCAAAUGGUAAGUUAAACAAUUAAGUAUUCUUUAUUCAUUAUGUAUUUAAAAAAAUUAACGCAUUAAAAUAUAAUUUUUCCUUUAAUUUCUUAAAAAGGGACAAAUUUGCGCAAAAGCUAUUUUUAUACAAUUUUG